AGGAGAGGUCCUCGGGGACCCGGGCGGGGCGGGGCUCGGAGGACAGCGAGCCGGACGCGUCGGGCGCUGACGAUGGAGGAGACAGCAGUGACCACGACUUCGAGAUGGUGGAUUUGAAUGAGAAAUUUGUCCUCGGUCACUUGCUCGUGGCCCCCUAUCGGUUUGGAACCCGCGAUGAGGCCGAGAAGCCCGCGAGGGCUUCCAGCCCUCAUCGCUGGUUGCAUCUGAUCCCCGGGGGACGGAGGCAGCAGCGCCGGAGAGAUCUGGAGGUGGAGGCCAAGGACAGUCGGGCUUCCCUUCUGGUGGAGGAUGAGGCCCCCAAACGCGGGGCCCGCGAGCACCUCACCCAUUGGGGGCGCAAGAGGUUCCUGCGGGUGCCGGAGCGGGACUCCCCCAGUCACAGCUCUCCGGAGAGAGGCAGCGAUUGCAGCCACAACAGCUCAGACCACGAGGAAGGCUUCUCUGCAGACUUCAGCUACGGAGCCGACGACUACGACGCAGAGGGGCAUGAGGAGCAGAAGGGGCCCCCUGAGGGCUCGGAGACCAUGCCGUACAUCGAUGAGUCACCCACCAUGUCACCCCAGCUCAGCGCUCGCAGCCAAGGCGGUGGGGACAGCAUCUCUCCCACCCCACCCGAGGGGCUGGCACCUGGGGUGGAAGCAGGGAAGGGCCUGGAGAUGAGGAAACUUGUUCUGUCUGGUUUCUUGGCCAGUGAAGAGAUCUACAUCAACCAGUUGGAGGCCUUGUUGCUGCCCAUGAAACCCCUGAAGGCCACAGCCACCACCUCCCAGCCCGUACUCACAAUCCAGCAGAUUGAGACCAUCUUCUACAAGAUCCAGGACAUCUAUGAGAUCCACAAGGAGUUCUACGACAACCUCUGCCCCAAGGUGCAGCAGUGGGACAGCCAGGUCACCAUGGGCCACCUCUUCCAGAAGCUGGCCAGCCAGCUUGGUGUGUACAAAGCAUUUGUGGAUAACUAUAAAGUUGCUCUGGAGACAGCUGAGAAAUGCAGCCAAUCCAACAACCAGUUCCAGAAGAUCUCAGAGGAACUCAAAGUGAAAGGGCCCAAGGACUCCAAGGACAGCCACACAUCAGUCACCAUGGAAGCUCUACUCUACAAGCCAAUUGACCGAGUCACUCGGAGCACGCUGGUCCUACAUGACCUGCUGAAGCACACACCUGUGGACCACCCAGACUACCCACUGCUGCAAGAUGCCCUCCGCAUCUCCCAGAACUUCCUGUCCAGCAUCAAUGAGGAUAUUGACCCCCGUCGGACUGCAGUCACAACCCCCAAGGGGGAGACACGACAGCUGGUGAAGGAUGGCUUCCUGGUGGAAAUGUCAGAAAGCUCUCGGAAGCUGCGGCAUGUCUUCCUUUUCACAGAUGUCCUCCUGUGUGCCAAGCUGAAGAAGACCUCCGCAGGAAAGCACCAGCAAUAUGACUGCAAGUGGUACAUCCCCCUGGCCGACUUAGUGUUUCCGUCCCCUGAGGAGUCUGAGCCUAGCCCUCAGGUGCACCUCUUCCCAGACCAUGAAUUGGAGGACAUGAAAAUGAAGAUCUCUGCUCUCAAGAGUGAAAUCCAGAAGGAGAAAGCCAACAAAGGGCAGAGCCGGGCCAUCGAGCGCCUCAAAAAGAAGAUGUUUGAGAAUGAGUUCUUGCUGCUGCUCAAUUCCCCCACAAUCCCAUUUCGGAUCCAUAAUCGAAAUGGAAAGAGCUACCUGUUCCUACUCUCCUCAGACUAUGAGAGGUCAGAGUGGAGAGAAGCAAUUCAGAAACUACAGAAGAAGGAUCUCCAGGCCUUUGUCCUGAGCUCAGUGGAACUCCAGGUGCUCACGGGAUCCUGUUUCAAGCUUAGGACUGUACACAACAUUCCUGUCACCAGCAAUAAAGAUGAUGAUGAGUCUCCUGGACUAUAUGGCUUCCUUCAUGUCAUCGUCCACUCUGCCAAGGGGUUUAAACAGUCAGCCAAUCUAUACUGUACCCUGGAGGUGGAUUCCUUUGGCUAUUUUGUCAGCAAAGCCAAAACCAGGGUAUUUCGGGACACAACAGAGCCCAAAUGGGAUGAGGAGUUUGAGAUUGAACUGGAGGGCUCUCAGUCCCUGAGGAUCCUGUGCUAUGAGAAGUGCUAUGACAAGACCAAGGUCAAUAAGGACAACAAUGAGAUCGUGGAUAAGAUCAUGGGCAAAGGGCAGAUCCAGUUGGAUCCACAAACUGUAGAAACCAAGAACUGGCACACGGAUGUGAUCGAGAUGAACGGGAUCAAAGUGGAAUUCUCCAUGAAAUUCACCAGCCGGGAUAUGAGCCUGAAGAGGACCCCAUCCAAAAAGCAGACUGGUGUCUUCGGGGUGAAGAUCAGCGUGGUGACGAAGCGCGAGCGCUCCAAGGUGCCCUACAUCGUGCGGCAGUGUGUGGAGGAGGUAGAGAAGCGAGGCAUCGAGGAGGUCGGCAUCUACCGGAUAUCCGGCGUGGCCACGGACAUCCAGGCUCUGAAGGCUGUCUUUGAUGCCAAUAACAAGGACAUCCUGCUGAUGCUGAGCGACAUGGACAUCAAUGCCAUUGCAGGCACCCUCAAGCUCUACUUCCGGGAACUGCCAGAGCCCCUCCUCACAGACCGACUUUAUCCAGCUUUCAUGGAGGGCAUCGCCCUGUCUGACCCUGCUGCCAAGGAGAACUGCAUGAUGCACCUGCUCCGCUCCCUGCCCGAUCCCAACCUCAUCACCUUCCUCUUCCUGCUGGAACACUUGAAAAGGGUUGCCGAGAAGGAGCCCAUCAACAAAAUGUCACUUCACAACCUGGCCACUGUGUUUGGUCCCACGCUGCUGAGACCCUCAGAAGUGGAGAGCAAAGCACAUCUCACAUCGGCUGCAGACAUCUGGUCUCAUGAUGUCAUGGCACAGGUCCAGGUCCUCCUCUACUACCUGCAGCAUCCCCCCAUUUCCUUCGCAGAACUGAAGCGGAAUACACUGUACUUUUCCACAGAUGUGUAGCCGAGGCAGGGCAGCUGUUGGGGUGGCCAGAGCCAGCCCCUGCAGCCCAGGCCCAAUAGACUUGAAAGACUGCAACAGAAACUCCCCAGCCCAGAACUCCAGACUCCAAGGGAAGCUGACUUCCAAGAACUGGAAUUAUGUGCAUCCUUUGUGCCACCUGUACAAAGCCAGCUGACCAGCCCCCAGCCUCAUCGCCACACCCCAGCUCCUGCCCUCUGUGCCUCUAGUUGUGUCUGAUGCUCCGUGCUGUUCAGGAAUUGUUUUAUGUAUAUUUGUCAUGCAGAAAAGGUCGUGACCGACCUGGUGUGGGCAUACGGGCAGCCUGCUCUGUUCUUUCAUUUUCCCUUUCUUUCUUCCCGAGUCCAGUCCAAGGGCUUUUACUUUGCGCUCUGUAACUGCUGCCAGCUUCUCUCUUGGCCCUCCCUGCUCCCAGAUCUCAGCCCCCCCCCCCAGUGUCCUCCAUCUUCUUCUUCCCAGCCUGCCACAUGCAUGUGCGGCCUCGGGUUUCGCUUCAUCACCUAGAAAGUUCUGUGGAAGCCCUGGGUAGCGGUGGCAGCCAUUUGAUGCCACUGCACACUACCCUCAGCCUCUCCCUGCCUUCCACCCAUGGAGGCACACCUGCUUUGCCUUGCUACCUGUGCAAAUGUUGGACAAGGAGACAGACACACUAAGCCUCAGCAGAGCUGGAGAGCUGAUUUCUGGAACUUUCCAUCUGAGAGUCGCCAUUUCUGGGGUUGGUUCUGUCUCCUGCCUACCAGUGAGGCACUUUGACUGUUUCUUCUACUACUGACUUUUCAGUUCCUUUUCCCCUGUGUUCUAUUUCCUUUCAUUGUAAAGGCCCACAAGUGGCCUGCUACCAAGAGAACAGAGGGUUAGGAAAGCAUGUGGGGAUGUGGGUUAUGGGGAUGUGGAGAACCAGGCUGCUAAGGACUAGGACAGCACAGGGGGCCAGUGCUGAGCAGCACCAGCAGCAGGCGGCAAGGGGAAGCUGCUCUGAGAAGGAAGGACUUGGAGAAGCCUUCCUGGAAGGCAACUUCUGUGGCUGAAGCAGGUGUCCAGACUGGAGCAGGCUCCAUCCUGGAGGCUGUCUGGCACCACACAUACCUCGUGGUACUUUUGCCUUAGACUUCACACACUCUCCACAGCCAAGCACUGCCACAGGCAGCCCUCACCACCACGUGUGCUGCGGGCCUGGGAAAGGCAGGCACAACCCAACCACUAGCAGCUACCAGCCGGCAGUGCUGCUCCUGUCUCGCCCCCAUUUCUGUAGGCAGCCUUGAGAGUAAAGGCUGGGGAAUUCCAGAAGCGGGGGGAGGAUGAGGAAUUAGGCAUGCCUCUCAGGACUGGAAGUAGGGGAUUAGCGGGUACCAUCCCAACUUUGACAGCCAUUGCUCAGUACUGGAAAGCAGAUUUAUUCCCAAAGCUCUCAGGCUCUUGUGUGAUGCAGAGCUGAUUCUUGGCCCCCAGGAUUGAGGGGAACAGUUCCCAUUGUGUAUGCUCAGGACAAAGUCUGAAGAAGAGUUUGCUGGCCCCAAAGCUGCGGUGCUUGCUGAGUGAGGUAGGGUCCUUUCUACUGCCUUUGGCAGAACAGUCCACAUACAUAUAGAGGAAAGAAAUGCCAACCACUCAACUGCCCAUUAGCAGUUUAGCAAGGAGCCCUGCUCUCUGGGGCAAGAGGUAAAGAAGAAUGCCAUUUGAGCAUUAAGACCCCAGCAGCUGAUAAUUCCUCCAAUGUCUGCUUAGGGAUGGGUGCUGAUGUGUGGUUAUAGGUUCUUGCUUCCAAAGGAUCAAAGAUAACAGAUUAGAGGCCCAAGGUGAGCUAGUUACAGCCCCAA